AUUGAUUGAUUGAUUGAUUGAUCUUUUAUUAGCUUUCUCAGCUAUUUUCAAUACAUAUAUAUACAAUUUUAUGCUACAUCAUUAAAAACAAACUCUUUUAGCAUUCGUUUAAACAUUUCUAAACGAUCACAAUGUUUAACUUCGGGUGGUAAUGCGUUGUACAUUAAGGCGACCCAAUAAACAUUCGGAUGACUUUUGGAGGACUUGUAAGUUAUCUUUUUUAAGAGCUCUUUAAGAUGUCCAUAAAGUUGUCAAUUUGACAUCUUUUUGACGUCUUGCAUGCAAAACUCAACUUUUUGAUCACCUUUGAAAGAUGACUUUUUUGACGUAUUAAAAAGUGAUCUUUAAAGACAUCUUUUGUAAGUUGUCUUCAAGUUGUCCAAUUACAGAACUUCAAGACAUCAAUUAGAGAACUUUCGAGUGAGUUUUCCGAACGCGCGCGCGCGUCUCUCAUCGAUUCGAAGAGUACUGCACAAUUAACAUAACCUAGAAAAAAUAAGAUAAAAAUGCACAGUCAUCGAACUUGAUAUCAACUUAUUGGUACAUACGUGAGAUAUUUAUUUGUUAAUAAUUAUAUAUUAAUUUAAUAAUAUAUAAUGUUGAAAAGAAAAGGUGUCGAAGGCGGAAUAAAAAAACACAUCAAAAAGAUUAAACCAGCUAGUGAUGGCAAAAUAAUGACAACUCUUCAUAUACCUCAAGAUUUAGUAACAGACACUAAUAUAUUGAAGAUUCUACCUAUUAAUAAGAAAAAAGCAUUAAAUUAUGCGUUCAUAAAUCCGGAUAGCAAUGUACAAAACUCUUCAAGGAAUACUUAUAAUUUUAACAAAAGCAGAGUGUUAAAUGAUAAAACAAAUAUUCAAAAUCCGCAUACAAAUCGACAAAUUCAAGAAGCAGAACCAGCUAGUGAUGGCAAAGUAAUGACAACUCUUUAUACACCUCAAGAUUCAGUAACAGAAACUAAUAUAUUGAAGAUUCUACCUAUUAAUAAGAAAAAAGCAUUAAAUUAUGCGUUCAUAAAUCCGGAUAGCAAUGUACAAAACUCUUCAAGGAAUACUUAUGAUUUUAACAAGAGCAGAAUGUUAAAUGAUGAAACAAAUAUUCAAAAUCCGCAUACAAAUCGACAAAUUCAAGAAGCAGAACCAGCUAGUGAUGGCAAAGUAAUGACAACUCUUUAUACACCUCAAGAUUCAGUAACAGAAACUAAUAUAUUUAAGAUUCUACCUAUUAAUAAGAAAAAAGAAUUAAAUUAUGCGUUCAUAAAUCCGGAUAGCAAUGUACAAAACUCUUCAAGGAAUACUUAUGAUUUUAACAAGAGCAGAAUGUUAAAUGAUGAAACAAAUAUUCAAAAUCCGCAUACAAAUCGACAAAUUCAAGAAGCAGGUAUACCUAAUGAAUCUGAAGAUGAAAAUGAUGAAAACGAUGAAAAUGAUGAAAAUGAUGAAAACGAUGAAAAUGAUGAAAACGAUGAAAAUGAUGAAAACGAUGAAAAUGAGCACGACAAUUACGAAUACACUGUUGAUAAUGAAGAUGAAGAGCUUCGUGGUCCUCAAAAUAGAAAUUUGCUAAAUGUCGAACUAUCUACUCACGACAUUGAUAAAUGUUGUCAUUCUUGUCGAGGAAUACUCUUAAUGCUUCUUAAAAAAGUGGAUAAACUGUUGCUUAUGACCAAAAGUGAGACACGACAAAACAAUCCACAAAAUAAUGAACAAAUAGCGAACAGAACAUUUGAUAAACUUGAAAUGUUACCAAUAAAUGAAAUUGAACAAUUGCUCUUAUUCGACGAAAAAUUAAUAAAUCCUCUUCACCAACAGAUGAGAUCACAAUUUGAAGCAAAAAUGAUUACCGUUGGAGGCGAUAACUUUGACAAAGCUAUUAAAAAAAUUAUGGCAGUGAUUAUGACCGACGAGUUAGCGGCUAAAUGUACUUGGAUUAUUAAAAAACCUAACAAAACUAAGAUUUCAAGUUACAAUUUUCCAAAUAUAAUAAGUGCUUAUAUCACCAAAAAGUUUUCUACUACGGAUGAUGUAGUGAGAAAAAAAAUGCAACUUUGGCUGCAAAAAUAUGGUGAUCGGAUAAAACUCAGAAAUAAACAUGCGCGAUGGGAAGAGGAACAUGAGCAACAAUAAAACCAAAGUUGUUUUUUAUUAAAAUAUUUACUGUUUUAUUAAAAUAUUUACUGUUUUAUUAAAAUAUUUACUGUUUUAAAUUUUUGACAAAGUUAUUUUGUUUGUAAUACGCUUAUAAUUUUCUAAAUGUGAUAUUUUUGUAAUGUAUUACUGGACAUAGUAAAUAUUGAGUAUACAUGCAAAAGCGUAAUCGCUUACUGAGCGGCUGUAAGUAGCAAUUGAAGGUGAUUUAUUGGAUUAUACCUUCAAAGAUAUACCUUUAUUACUUAUUUAUAAAUAAUUACUUAUUUAUCAAUAAGAACCAGCCACCUUCAAUUGUUACUAGCCGCUUAGUGAGCGAUCAUAAAUCUGGAUGUACUCAAUAUUAAUGACUAUUCAUAUUUAAUGUUAUAUAUGAUUUUAUAUUACUUUAUUUUUAAUAUUUUUGAAUUUUUGAUAUUUUACGAGAUUUUUAAUGUUUUAUAUGUACAAGAAUAUUUUAUUUUAAUUAAUAUAUAUAUAAACUUGUAAGAGAUAUAAACUAGCUUAUACAAACUUAUAAUGAAACUUGGUAAUAAUAAAAAAUAAUGAAUUUUGUUAAAUAAAAAUUUACCAUAUACUAUGAAA